CAGUCAAGCGGCCUUGGAUACUUUUUUAAAAGUAGAGUGAUGCGAUGGCCAUUUUGGAUCAUUCUUCUGUUCUCUCCUGAAACUCGAUCCUUCGUAUCUAGAUUUUGGAGGUCCAUCUGAGCUUCGAUUUUCAUCUUCCUUACUUUGGUCUAGGUAGUAGUCAAACUUAUUCAAUGGGGAUGGGUGAUGGUUGUUGCGCAACCCACCUCAUUGAUGGAGAUGGUACAUUUAAUGUCACUGGACUGGACAACUUCACAAAAGAGGUGAAUCUUGGUGCUUGCGGACUCUCCUAUGCUGUUGUAUCUAUCAUGGGUCCACAAAGUAGUGGGAAGAGCACACUUCUGAACCAGCUAUUUCGCACCAACUUUAGAGAGAUGGAUGCUUUUAAGGGAAGGUCUCAAACAACCAAGGGUAUUUGGAUGGCAAGAUGUGUUGACAUUGAACCUUGCACGAUUGUCAUGGAUUUGGAGGGCACUGAUGGAAGAGAAAGAGGAGAGGAUGAUACUGCAUUUGAGAAGCAAAGUGCCCUUUUUGCUCUUGCCGUUUCAGAUAUAGUACUCAUAAAUAUGUGGUGUCAUGAUGUUGGCCGUGAGCAGGCUGCAAAUAAGCCUCUUCUGAAGACCGUUUUUCAGGUCAUGAUGCGAUUGUUCAGUCCACGUAAAACAACUUUGUUGUUUGUCAUACGCGAUAAAACAAGGACACCGCUGGAAAACUUGGAACCUAUUCUGAGGGAAGAUAUUCAGAAGAUAUGGGACUCUGUUCCUAAACCAGAAGCACACAAAGAAACCCCAUUGAGUGAAUUUUUCAAUGUUGAAGUUGUGGCACUUUCUAGUUAUGAAGAAAAGGAAGAGCAAUUUAAAGAGCAGGUCGCUAGUUUAAGGCAGCGAUUCUUUCAUUCUAUAGCUCCUGGGGGACUUGCUGGAGAUCGACGGGGUGUAGUUCCUGCUUCAGGGUUUUCUUUCAGUGCACAUCAGAUUUGGAAAGUUAUUAAGGAGAACAAGGACCUUGACCUUCCUGCUCACAAGGUUAUGGUUGCAACUGUACGUUGUGAAGAAAUUGCAAAAGAAAAGUUUGAUUGGUUAACUGCAAAUGAGGAAUGGUGUCAACUGGAAGAGGCUGUCCAGUCUGGACCAGUUCUAGGCUUUGGCAAGAAGCUCAGUGUAAUACUCGACACUUGUUUAUCAGAGUAUGAUGGUGAAGCUACUUAUUUUGAAGAAGGUGUCAGAACAGCAAAGCGGCAACAGCUAGAGGCAAAAUUGUUGCAGCUAGUCCAACCUGCCUAUCAAUCGAUGCUGGGUCACAUACGGGCUGGAACACUGGAUAAUUUUAAGGAAGCAUUUGAGAAGGCUUUGAAUGGAGGGGAAGGAUUUGCUCUUGCUGCAAGUCACUGUAUCCAAUCUUCUAUGACUUCAUUUGAUGAACAGCUCGCAGAUGCUGCCAUUGAACAAGCAAACUGGGACUCAUCGAGAGUUCGAGAUAAGCUUCGGCGUGAUAUAGAUGCACAUGUUGCCUCAGUCCGUGCUGCCAAACUGGCUGAAAUUACUGCUUUAUAUGAGAGUAAACUGAAUGUGGCACUAUCGGAACCUGUGGAAGUUCUUCUAGAUGCGGCUAAUGAUGAAACAUGGAAAUCAAUAAGAAAACUUCUCCAACGUGAGAUGGAAUCAGCUGUCUCUGGGCUCUCUAGUGCUCUUUCUGGCUUUGACAUUGAUCAAGAAACCGUGGAUAAAAUGCUUGCAAGCAUAAAGGACCAUGCAAGAACUGUGGUUGAAACAAAGGCAAGAGAAGAAGCUGGAAGGGUCCUGAUCCGCAUGAAAGAUAGGUUUUCAACAUUGUUUAGCCAUGAUUCUGAUUCAAUGCCAAGGGUUUGGACGGGGAAGGAAGACAUUCGAGCAAUCACAAAAACUGCUCGUUCUGCGUCCUUGAAGUUGCUUUCUGUUAUGGCUGUGAUCGGUUUGGAUGAAGAUACUGAUACUAUUGCGAAUACUCUUUCACUUGCUCUGAUGGAUACUGCAAACAGUGGGGUGACAAACAGGAGCAUCAAUGCCUUUGACCCACUGGCCUCAAGCACUUGGGAAAAGGUUCCUUCAUCAAAAACUUUGAUUACACCUGUCCAAUGUAAAUCUUUGUGGAGGCAAUUCAAGGUAGAGACCGAAUACAGUGUCACUCAGGCCAUUGCUGCUCAGGAAGCCAGCAAGCGUAAUAGUAACUUCUUGCCUCCUCCAUGGGCAAUUGUGGCAUUGAUUGUCCUUGGCUUCAAUGAAUUUAUGACACUUUUAAGAAAUCCUUUAUACAUUGGUAUUAUUUUUAUUGCUUAUCUACUAUUCAAAGCGCUGUGGGUCCAGCUAGACAUCUCGGGUGAAUUCCGCCAUGGUGCUCUUCCAGGCCUUCUGUCAUUAUCUACCAAGUUUCUUCCUACUGUGAUGAACCUUCUCAAAAAGCUAGCAGAGGAAGGCCAAAAGCCUGCAUCUGCUGAUGGUCCGAGAAAUCCUGCAGUAGAAUCAAGGAGUUCAGGGAAUGGGACACAUGUUCAUAGCAACGUGACGUCAAGUGCAUCAUCUAAUAUAACAUCUUUGGAGAAUGAAGAUGAUUACUCAAGUUCUUUACAAGAAGACAAGGUGAAGUAAAUUAAUCAUCUUGUAAGUUAUUGUUGUUGGUUGAGCCCAUGCAAAAGCAGCUCUCCCUCAUUAGAAGUGCUACCAUUUUGCUCAUUCCGUGGUGGGAGCAGAAGUAGCGAUAGUCAAUCACUCCAAAGUGAUCUGCACUUGUCAUCGUGUUGGAGAGAAGAUUUUGAUUUUGAUUUUGAUUUAAUUUAGAGGCUUCAGACUGGGGGACAUGUGUUUUGAUUAAGAAAUACCCCCAAUUAGUGUUCCUAUAAUUUGGUUUAUUGCUGAUUUCUGGUUAGCGGUUCCCUGGUUGCACCACGGGUUUCUAUUGAACCUACUGUUUUGACAUGUCCGCAGCUUGUGGAAAUAAUAAGUCAGAGGGCAGGAUAUUGGUGAGGGCAUGUGACCCUGACCAUCUUUUGGAUCAUUGCACAUUGGAUGUAUUUUUCCCAUUUCGUUUUUGACAGGGAAGGAAAAAAAACAGAGGGAAAGCGAAGGGGAUUGUGUUAGAAGAGCGAAGGUCCAGAUGUGUGGUAUUGGGUUGGCAUCGUGUGAACUUUUCCAGGCUUUCAGAAGAUUCUAAGGGUGAAAUGUCGUUACAUA